AUGACAAACCCCCGACAAAAUUCCACGUCUGUUGAUAAUGACGAUCCUCCCCCAUUAUACGAAGAUCUAUGGGGUGCAGAAGAUAGAUCAAUGGGACAACGAAUGCCUCCGUCCGAACUAUCAUGUUCCACUGCACCCUUAUCUGACCUUUUUCUGACCGAUGAUGGCCGUGUGGACAUGCGAGUUGGAUCCCGAUUCAGCCGCAACCUUGAAUGGCUGAUGGAUAACCAACCCACCGAAGCGGAGUCACCUAGGUUGGCAGAGGCAGCCCCAACAUUUGCGGCUCAUUUUGACCUUUGCCUAAACAUUGUCAUCCAAGUGGUGGGCAGUCACGGUGACGUACAGCCCUUCGUCGCGUUGGGCGAGGAGUUGCAACGACAUGGACACCGUGUGCGGUUGGCAACCCACGCCAAGUUUGAAGCAUUUGUCAAGCCAGCUGGACUCGAGUUCUACCCUAUCGGCGGAGACCCUGUUGAACUAAUGUCAUACAUGGUGCGCAAUCCGGGGCUCAUUCCGAGCAUGAAGAGUCUUUUAGCGGGCGAUAUUCAACAGAAGCGAGCCUCGAUUGCCGAGGUUCUACAAGGCUGCUGGCGGUCUUGCAUAGAUCCAGACCCACACGACAACAAGCCAUUUGUUGCAGAUGCUAUCAUUGCAAACCCGCCAAGCUUUGCCCAUCUACAUUGUGCACAAGCCCUUGGGAUCCCGGUUCACCUUAUGUUUACUAUGCCUUGGACUGGUACCAGAGCCUUUCAUCAUCCUCUUGCAAAUUUGAAAUAUUCUGGGAACGAUCCUACCAUGGGAAAUCUUAUCUCCUAUUAUUUUGUUGAAUGGGUUACAUGGCAAGGACUAGGCGACCUGAUAAACAAGUGGCGGAAGGAUACCCUAGAGCUAGAUCCCAUUCCAGCCAUAGAGGGUCCGAAUCUGCUCGAAACGCUGAAGGUCCCCUUCACAUAUUGUUGGUCGCCCACAUUGGUUCCAAAACCGGAGGACUGGGGCUCGCAUAUAGAUGUCGUUGGCUUCUUCUUUCGUGAUCCAGGGGCAUAUGAUCCACCGGCAGAGCUAGAUGCCUUUUUGCGUGCGGGUCCACCACCCAUUUACAUCGGGUUUGGCAGCAUAGUUCUCGAGGACGUGGAAAAGACCAUCUCAAUCCUUCUAGAGGCAAUUCAAAUUACAGGGGUACGCGCUAUCAUCUCUGGCGGCUGGAGUGAACUGCAUGGUCAAGAUACUCCUGAUAUUCAUUAUAUUCGGGACUGUCCACACGAGUGGUUAUUCAAGCAAGUCGCCGCUGUCGUACAUCAUGGUGGUGCCGGUACUACAGCAUGUGGUCUACGCAACGGGAAGCCAACCACUAUCAUUCCCUUUUUUGGAGAUCAAGCAUUUUGGGGUAACAUGGUCGCUGCCGUCGGGGCUGGGCCGGAUCCAAUUCCCUAUAAAAGCCUGACGGCACAGAAGCUGGCAGAUGCUAUUUCCUAUUGCCUCAUCCCACCUGCUGUGACGAUGGCUCAGUAUAUUGCGGACAAAUUCCAACAAGAAUGUGGUGUGCGUGCAGCAGUAAAUUCGUUCCAUGCACACCUUCCACAAAAAAAGAUGAAAUGUGACCUCAUCCCAGGAAAAGUUGCAGUUUGGAAACUAAAGAAAGGAAAACGGAUCUUCAAACUGUCUAACACAGCCGCAUUGAUUUUGAAACGCGAAGGGCGAUUCCAAAAGAAACACCUCAGAAGCGGCAUGGCUGAUGCCACAGCCGGCAUUUUUAUCGAUCCUUAUAAGAAAUACAAGCAUCUCCGAUCAAGUCGAAAUUCGAAUACUUCUAUCUCAGCCGAGGUGCCCUCCAUGACACACAUUACAACUCAUCUUGAUGCCGAGGUGGACCCGAAUCAUCUUUCGAAUGACCCUGAGUACGCUAAACAAAUGGCAUUAGCUUCAGCAAUCAGUCUCGGAAAAUUUCUCGGCCGCUCUUCACGCGGCAUGUUUGUCGAUCUACCCCUCGCGGCAACAGAAGGGAUGCUGGCCAUCCCCAAACUAUAUGACGCUCAAACCAGAGUACAUGGACCUGUGCGAGGAUGGAAGAGCGGUGCAGUUGUGGGGUGGUCGAUUUUCAGGCAUGGUCUUUACGAAGGCUUCACGGAUAUAUUCGUGCAUACAUACUAUGGCAAAAAAAACGAAGGCUCUUUUGGAGUAGCCAAAGGAUUGAUGAAGGGUUUCACCAGCUUGACUGUUAAAACGGGAGCUGCGACGAUUGGCCUGGCUGCUUAUUCAAAUCAAGGAAUAUAUCGGUCCCUUCGGGCCCGUUUAAGGACCAAACUUACUAGGUGGGUUGUGGAGGCGAGAUGGGCUGAGGCGGAAUGGAUCGUGAAUGAUGGGAGCGGCGUGAAUGUAGAUGUGACGGCGUUAUGUUCUUUAUAUGACGAUUUGUUGGUCACGAGAGAUAAAGCACACAGAGCACGCUGGAACUUUGCCUAA